AUGUCAGACAUCAAGCUCGAUAGCACUAGAACGGCCAUGAAAGAGGAGGCGGAUGAUCUAGAGCGCUCCACUUUGAGUAGCUCAGCCAAGGACCUCCACAGUAUCGAAACUCAGCAAAAAAACCUUGCGGAAAAAUACGGCAUACGGGAGAAACGUCUACAAUGGAAAAUCGAUUUAUGCGUGGUGCCGGCGUUGAUUUUGUUGUAUUUUGCUGCGUUUCUGGAUCGCAUCAACAUCUCCAACGCCAAGUUGUAUGGUAUGGAGGAUGACCUAGGGCUCCAGGGAAACCAGUUCAACAUUGCCCUCACAGUGUUUUUCGUACCGUAUGUCGUCUUUGAGCUGCUGGCUAAUUACCUGGCGAAGCUUUUCCGGCCACACUGGUGCUUUUCCAUCAGUAUUUUCGUGUUUGGAUGUGCCACAAUCGGCUGCGGGUUCGUGAAGAGUUUCGGCGGACUGGUGACCGCGCGCAUUUUCUUGGGUAUCGCCGAGGCCGCCACUUUUGGGCUCAUCUUCUACAUUCUAUCCUCAUACUACACACCGCGUCAGGCACAAAGGCGCUUCUCCUUCUUUUUCAGCUCCACCACUCUUGCUGGAGCUGCAGGUGGCUCCAUCGCAUAUCAAAUUUACAACGGCAUUGGGAACAAAUAUCUGGCCAACUGGAGAUGGAUUUUCAUCAUCGAAGGUGCAGCAACUGUCGUCAUUGCAUUUUUGUUGUUCUUCAUCACUCCAGACUUCCCAGAAACGGCUAGAUUUCUCAAAGACAACGAGAGAAUUUACCUAAAGGAAAAACUACAACUAUACUCCAAGGUCGAAUCUGGAUUCGAUGUUCAUUUUACGUGGCGCGAUUACCUACCACUUCUCAGAGAUCCAAUUUUUUACGCCAAUGCCUUGGCUUACAUGGGAUUAGUGGUGCCAAGUUAUGGUUACGCUUACUUUGCAACUACCAUCAUAAAGCUGCUCGGUUACACGGCCGUCAGUGCUCAGCAGCACUCUGUGUACCCAUGGCUGGUGGCCUUUGGAUACAUUAAUAUUGCGGCCUUCGUUUCAGACUACGUACAAAACCGUUGGUGCUUCAUUUUAUCUUCGAGUCUCAUUGCCAUUACAGGACUUGCGAUGAUUCUAGGCUCCGACGAUCCGCAUGUCAAGUACGGUGGCUGCUUUGUGUCGGCGAUGGGGCUGUAUAGUGCGAUGCCUGCGCUAAUCUGUUCUACAUCCUUGAAUCUUGGCGGUCACUUAAGAAAAUCAUUUGGAACCGGUUUCCAAAUUGGUUUCGGCAAUAUCGGCGGUAUUAUUGCAACAUUUUUGUUCUUACCAACAGACGCACCAACUUACCAUCGUGGUCUUGGAACUUCCCUGGGAUUUGUUGCCCUUUCAAUUGCAUGCCAACUCUUCAUUGUGAUCUACUUGAAGCGGUUGAACACUAAAAAAUCCAAGCCUGAUUACGUCACAAAAUUCGAGGAACUGCCGCGACGCGAACAGAUUCUAAGAGGAGAUCGGGCUCCCGGUUUCACGUACAUGUUGUAA